AUGUCUUCUCCUGAAUUUUCCACGAUCGCGGACCUCAAGCGCGCAGUCGAAUGCGGCCAACGCAUCACGCCAGAAGACGUUUCGGUAAUUGGCCAGAUCGAACGCGAACUGAGUGGUGAAGCAGGACCAAUGCAAGAGACUGCGCAGACACUUGCAACACGACAGAUGAAUUUUGAUGCGAAACUUGAUGAGCUCGCGGUGAAACCGCAGAGCCAUCUUACGAUGGAAGAUGCGCAGGAGAUUGAAGAGAUGGAGACCCUCGCGUUCAAUAAGCCUCCCGGAGCUAGCUCCAUUGCCGCACAGGUCAGGUCAAUUGCAGAGAGAAACGAAGCGCUCGGUCUCCCUCCAGUAUCUGCCGAUGCGGAGGCUGCGUUUGUGACAAAGGGCGAUGCGAGAGAGGCCCAGCAUGCUGAAGCGACGAUCUACGGCGGGCAGAACCCUAGAGGUGGGAUGGCUGCACAGAUGCAGAGCGCAGCAGAUAAGCUGGAACAUGCCAGACGCUGGAUCUAAGUGGGCUUUUGGAAUUGACCCGCGCUUACAGCACUCCGCUGUCAUGACGAUCCUGCGAUACGGUGUGUGUGCAUCUUGGCCGGGAACCGAGAAGCUCUGACUCUGACUGGACCUCAAACCUAAUCCACAACUGGCGGAUUUUCUUUUGUUCUGGCUGCAUACGCUGGAAUAUCGUUUCUGACUUUGGCGUUUCAGAAUCGGCUCUUGACAAGACGGCCCAAUGGAAAAAUAUACUGUCGUUAUCGAAUCCUGCAUCUCUAAUUUGGAAUUCUUCUAGACGCCUGGUUAGCAUUGGCUACUGCAGGCUCAUCA